AUACUGUGAGCAAUUUCAUUUUGUUGCAAGUUUUGCUGUUGACAAAUUCGAAAACACAUCUGCCGGCUUUUCGCAAUGGAUAAAGAGGGCGAAAUCCUACUUAAGCCCGGCCAACAGAUUAAGCCAUACGUUCCAAAUGAGGUUGUUCAUCAGCUGGCCCGCAAUUUGUACAAUCUCGAGGUGGUUUCAAUUAAAGAAUUGAACAGCUAUGACGAUAAAAAUUUUCACAUUACGGUUAAAGAUAACAGCCACUUGCCUGAUGUCAAGGAUGCAUGUCCGCUCGGCUACAUCAUGAAAGUGUUGAAUUCUCUUGAUUCCAAAGCGUCCAACCUGAUCGAUGCACAAAAUGAAAUGAUGCUUUACUUGGGCAUGUAA